CUUUCCGCUUCCGAAGCCAUUCGCAUACGCUCUGUUCAAGCCUUUACUCUGGCAACCAUGAGCGUACUGCUGGAGACAAGCUUGGGAGACCUGGUGCUCGAUCUCGACGUGGACCGAGCUCCGAAGACGUGCGAGAACUUCCUCAAGCUCGCAAAGGCGUACAAGUACAACUACUGCGCCUUCUUCAGCGUGCAGAAGAACUUCCUCGCCCAAACGGGUGACCCUUCCUCCUCUGGCAAAGGAGGAUCAUCUAUUUGGAACCUCUUGCCCAAGAACUCGCCUCAGUAUGAUCCGUCACCAUACUUCCGGCCAGAGCGGAGUCCGCACCUCAAGCAUCGCACUAAGGGCACGGUCUCCAUGGCGCUCUCUCACGCCGGCAAAGGCAAGGCCGAAGACGAUCUAGUGGCAGGGUCUCAAUUCUUCAUCACACUGGCAGACAACAUCGAGUACCUCGACGGCAAGCAUGCUCCCUUUGCAAUGGUAGUUGAGGGUCAGGAAGAGGGGGAGACGCUAGACAAGAUCAAUGCCUCCUUCACUGAUGACGACGGUCGGCCUUUGAGAGACAUCAGAAUCAAGCAUGUGAUUGUUUUAGACGACCCAUUUGAAGACCCCGUGGGGUUGUCUGUCCCAUCUCGUACGCCUUCUCCGACUCCCGAACAGCUCGCCGCCAUCCGUCUCGGGGAUACAGACGAGAUUGAAGACAACCGUCCUGAAGAUGAAAAGGAGGAAGCCCGGCGCAAGGCCGACUCCUCCGCCGCUGCUCUCACCCUUGAAAUGGUCGGCGAUCUGCCAUUUGCCGAGAUCCGUCCUCCAGAGAAUAUUCUCUUUGUCUGCAAGCUCAACCCGGUCACCCGCUCUGAAGAUCUAGAGCUCAUCUUCAGUCGCUUUGGCAAGAUUCUCAGCUGCGAGGUGAUCAAAGACAAGAAGACCGGCGACUCGCUGCAGUAUGCCUUCAUUGAAUUCGACGAGCGGGAGAGCGCAGAGCAGGCCUACUUCAAGAUGGACGCGGUCCUCAUCGACAAUCAGCGUAUACGAGUCGACUUCAGUCAGUCGGUUUCAAAGCUCCACUCCAGAUGGAUCGAGGAUAGGACAGGCAAGAAGCCACCUGGAGGACGUAGUGGAGAAUCAGAUGGUGGAAGGAGAGCGUUCAGUCCUCCUUCAAGAGGGUCUAGCAACACACCCCGGGGCGGUAGCGGUAGUGGUAUGAUGUUCGACAUGGAUGAGCUGGCAUCGCGAGAUUCGCACAGACGUGACGCUCCACCGCCUUCACGACGAUACGAUGAUCGCAGAGACGAUAGAUCAAGAGGCGGCGACCGUGACUACAGAAGAGAGUAUUCAGAUCGUCGGCGAGGCGACGCAUAUGAUCGGAAGCCAGAGCAUAGGGGAGAUAGGGAUCGUGAUCGGUAUGACCGUUCGGCAGGCACUCGGCCGAGAGACGACUAUCGUACCGAGGACCGGAGGCGGAGUGAUCGCGACGAUGGCUAUCGGCGAGACCGGGAACACGCUCGAGACAGGGACUAUCGUGCGCGUUCGCCGAGACGUUAGCUGAUUAGGCGUCUUCAUAUGGUACAUUUCUUUCUCU